AUGAUGGUGGCGACGUACAAGUGUGGCUGCCCUCCGACAGAGAAGAAACCCUGUUGCAAACCCUGCCCGUCUGGAAGAAGCACCGUCAGAGUUCUGGAAGAACGGCCAGCGAGUCCCGGAGAUUGUCCAAAGAGCGCCUGUUGCAACAAACGUGCCCUGAAACCAACUGUCUCUCGGCCAAAGGUUGAACAGCCUCCGCCAUGUUGUCCUACGAGAGCCCUCGACUCGAAUGAGUUCGAAAGGCCGCGUAAGCUUCGUUCGGAGAUUGCGGAGAAGGGCUUGCCGUACAACGAGAUGGAGGUCGCUAUAAACGACAACAGGCUGGUGAUCAGAAGCCAGAAAGAGGAGGUGAAGCCGAAAUACGAUCCACCGUGUGAUUGUGUCGAUGAUCCUCAGCCUGUUCCGAGCCACGACGAUGAAAUCGAUCAACCGCCAGUUCCGGGAACAAGAACUGUCACUCUGUAUCCGCAAACGGGGAUGCAGCCCAACGAGAGAGAUGUGAACGAGAAGAACGUUUGCCCGGAAGAGCGAACGACCGUCGAAGCGGAGAAUCCGAAUGUAUUCGUAUUGAGGGUGAAGAGGAAGAGCAACAACGGUGACAAGAGGUUCGACAUCGACUUGGAGUUCAAGACGCCGAGGCCUUGGUCGACGAAGAAGAGAACGGAGUACGAGACGGAGUGGAGUAAACUUUCGACGGUGAAGGAACCUUCGACGACCGAGACAGACGAGGUGCAGGUGGGAAGAACGAGAAAGAAGAGAAAGAGGAAGAAGUGA